AAGUUGUGGUCUUUAAAGCUGCUAUAAUAAAUUGUAAACAUCAUUUGAUGGUUUAUUCGUUCGUUUGCUUUGUGCAGGUUUCUCUUCUUCUAUAAAUAGCAAUUUAAUACCAUCAUUGUUUGUGUAUUGUGGAAAUAAAUAAAAGUGAGGGAGAAACGUCGAGCUAAGAAAACAUCAACAUCAUUUUCCUCGACUGCGUCAUCAUCGUGUAAUUUUAAUUAAUUUGAAUUCAAAGCGAAUAUAAUACAGCAAAACACCACCAAUUGACUUGUGCGAACAACGAUCUACCAUUCAUCAAUCAAUAUCAGACUGGUGGCUGGCAGACAGUCAGUUGUAGUGGUGGUGUUGACGACCGUAUAAGUACAUACAUGAUAUAAAUAAAAAAUACAGAAAUACAAAAUAAUAAAAUUAUUAAAGGGCGAUAUUUAGAUCGUGUCGAAUUAUGAAGUAAUUGCUUUUGUGUAGUUUUUGUUAUUACUGUUGCUUUUCAUUAGAUGAUUCUACUUCUACGCGAUCGUAGCCAUUAUCGUCACAGUCAGUCUCUACCAAUUGUUAAUAUUAGAAUUUGUUUUUCACAAUUGUGUGUGGUUGUUGACGCUGACCGUUGCUGGAAUUUUGCGCAUUUGUCUCUCGAAAUUGACAGCGUGUAAUACGUUUAUGGAAACGAGAUAACCUUGCCAGCGUUUGUAAACGAACGAAAGGGAGCAGAGAGAACAGGCAGAAAGUCAAUAGCUAAAUAACAAUAUUCACCGAAUAAACAAAUCCCAACCCAGUGAAAUUGUUUGUACGUAUCGUCAGUAUUUGCAUAGUUCCAGUGAAGCCAGCAACAUCUACAAUAAAUAUUGCAACCGUACCAACUAAUUGUUGAGUAAACCUCUCAGUAGCAGGGAAAUGAUAAGAGUAGUUGCUUGAAUUGCGAAAACAUUCUCAGUGUGGUAAUUCAGCGUACAUAGUGUUUUUAUCAUACGCGACGGCGGCUACGGACAUUGAAGGUUCUGGGUUCUGAUACAGGCUUAUAAUAUUUAGCAAUAAUGAUUCAUGUUGGAGACAACUCUUGGAAUCUGCGGAUUUUUAUAACAGAUCUGCAGGUGGAGAAGCAUUUGAGAGUGAAAGGUGAUCAACACAUUGGUGGUAUUAUGCUACAACUGGUUGACCCUGAAAAUCCUAAAGAUUGGUCCGAUCAUGCAUUGUGGUGGCCAGAAAAGAAUAUUUGGUUAACACGCACUCGCUCAACCUUAGAUCAAGUGGGCGUUCAAGCUGAUUGUUUGCUACAUUUCACACCAAUGCAUAAAAUUCUACGUCUUCAAUUGCCAGACUUGCGCUACCUUGAUUGUCGCGUAGACUUUUCUAUUAAAACAUUUGCUGCCGUUGUAAAUUUAUGCAAAGAUUUGGAUAUACGCCAUCCCGAAGAGUUGUCAUUAUGCAAACCUCUGGAAGCUGAUCAUCUGAAGAAAAAUUUUGGCAAGUUUCCGCAGAAGAAAAUACCAAUUGCCGAAUCAAAUGGAACAAUUUAUUUGCAGCCAGCUGCUGAUACCAAUUCUUUUAUACCAAUAAACUCUGCUUAUCACGGCAGCAACGGCAGUUUGGAUAGAACACAAAAUGGCAACUUUCUGUGUGCACCAGUUUCACCGUAUGGAACUACACCAAGAAGGGCUGGCACUGCACCUGGAACACCGAUAAGUUCACCAACAGGUACUUGGAAGCAUAGCAGCAAUGGAUACAUGACAUAUGAUUCUGGGUCAAGUCUGGGAGAUUUUCAAGAGAAUUUAGCUGCCUCUCCCCGUUCACCCAGCCCCGAUGUACGAUCCAGGCUGGUGCGACCAAAGUCCUUGAUCGAAAAGGCUCGCAUGAAUGUUGGUUGGCUGGAUUCUUCUCUAUCGAUAAUGGAGCAAGGUAUACGGGAGUACGACACAUUAAGCCUUCGCUUCAAAUACUACACUUUCUUUGACUUGAACCCAAAAUACGAUCAGGUUCGCAUCAAUCAAUUGUAUGAACAAGCCAAAUGGGCAAUUUUGAAUGAGGAAUUAGAUUGUACCGAAGAAGAAUGUCUUAUGUUUGCAGCCUUGCAAUUCCAAAUUAAUCACCAGAACGAAACAUAUCAAGGUAUUGACUCGGGCAUUGGUUCUUCGAAUGUCUCGAAUGGCACUGAUGAUGACAUCGAUUCUGCUCUAAAUGAGUUGCAAAUAUCACUGGAAGGAGCUAACGCCAAUGCUGAUGGUAAUAUAACAAAGAUACCCGAACUAUCUGAUUACUUGCGUUUUUUAAAGCCACGCAAAUUCACAAUGAAGGGAUACAAACGUUACUUCUUCACCUAUCGCGACCUUCAUUUACAUUUGUAUAAAAGUGCAGAAGAAUCACGACGUGCAGCCCCAGCUAUUACAAUUAACUUGAGGGGUUGUGAGGUUACACCUGACAUUGUGCUGUCACAGGGAAAGUUUGCCAUACGUUUGGAAGUUCCACCAGAAGGAAGUAAUGGGCCCAACAGUGAAGUUUGGAUACGUUGCGAGAACGAAGAACAAUAUGCAAAAUGGAUGGCUGCCUGUCGUCUCGCCUCCAAGGGACGCUCUUUAGCAGAUAGUUCAUAUGAAAGUGAAGUCUCUAAUAUACAAACUUUGCUGAAUUUGCAAAAACCUGCUCAUGGUGUUGCUGUCAAUAUUGAUCCUCGCUCUAUAGAAACGCUCGAUUAUUUGCCACCAAGGAUGCUUCGAAAAUUGUCUAGUAAAGCUGCCCAACGUAUACUGGAAGCUCAUGCCAAUGUCCGUAAACUAUCCCACAUGGAUGCCAAGUUAAAGUAUAUUCAAGCAUGGCAGUCGUUGCCAAACUUUGGUGUCUCUUUAUUUGUUAUUAAAUUCGAUGGUCAUAAAAAGGAAGAACUUUUGGGGGUUGCUUACAAUCGCAUUAUGCGCAUGGAUUUGAGUUCUGGUGAUCACAUUAAAACUUGGCGCUACAACACAAUGAAGGCCUGGAAUGUUAAUUGGGGUAUCAAAUGCAUGAUGAUUCAAUUUCACGAUGAAAACGUCGUUUUCUCUGUCCAGUCAGCCGACUGUAAAGUGGUUCACGAAUUUAUUGGUGGCUACAUUUUUAUGUCAAUGCGUUCCAAAGAAAACAAUCAAACCCUUAAUGAAGAAAUGUUCCACAAACUCACAGGUGGUUGGGUCUAAUUAAUAAAAAAUAUUAAACAUGCACAAUAAAAUAUACAUAGUACCAGUAAUGAAUGUGAGCAAGUGCCAAGCACCGAAAUGCAUGCAAAAAAUAUAUAUUUCGUUAUUCUCUUUUUUUCCAACAGUUAUUGAAUAGAACUUAAAAUGUUCUAUACUAAUAAACUCACUAAAUAGUUUUCAAUCUUUCUCUAACCAAAUAAUGAAAUAUUAAAAGGUGUGUCAAACAGAAGAUAAAUAUUUUAUCAUAUAAAAUAUAUCUGUGUAGUGCGUAAAAAAAACCAAUUAAUAACAAUUUAACAAUCCGACUUUGCCUUUUUAGUAUUAAGUAUUGUGAUGAUGUACUCUUCAAACUAACUUGUCAAAGAAAAUUAAAAAAAAAAAUGUGUUAACUUUUUAAUGUAUUGUUAAAAAAAUUUACGAUUCUAAUAAAUUAUUUAAAACAAAUUACCAAAAACUGAA